AUGAUUUCAAAUAAUAAUAAUAAUAAUAAUAAUAAUAAUAAUAAUAAUAAUAAUAAUAAUAAUAAUAAUAAUAAUAAUAAUAAUAAUAAUAAUAAUAAUAAUAUUAAAACUGAUGAUAAUAAUAGGUGUUCUCUUCAUCCAACACAAGAUUUUAUUUUUUUAUGUCAAGAAUGCGAAUUAAUUCCAUGUUGCUCACAUUGUAUAGCUAUUAGUACAGAAGAUAAUGAUCAUUCUGGUCAUAAAGUUGAUAUUUUAUUAGAGCCAAUACUACAUGAAUUAUUUGAUAAUUUCAAUGGUGAAGUAUACCCAAGGGUGAAUGAAAAACUUGAAAUGUGUAAAUCAUUAUUAAAUGAAUCAAAUAAUAAAUUUAAUCAAAUUAAAGUUAAUUAUGAUAAUAGUGUAAUUUUAUUAAAGGACAAAUUCCAAGAGUUUCUAAAUUUAAUUCGAGUUUUAGAGAGAUCAAUUCAAAAUACUUUGAAAACCACCUACGAGAAAGAUAUAGAAACUUGUGAAAAUAUUUCAUCCCUAUUAAAUAAUAAUAUUGAAAUUCUCACUAAAAUUUUAAAAAGUAAAGAAAUUUUAAAUACUAAUGAAAUUGAAAAUCAUGAUAAUAAUAAUAAUAAUAAUAAUAAUAAUAAUAAUAAUAAUGAUAAUGAUAGAGAUAAAACAAAAGAAAUACUUAAACAAUAUCAACUUUCAUUAUUACACACAAAAAAAGAUAUUGGUAGUAUUGUAAAUAAUAGUUUUAAGGACUAUAAAAAUAUAACACUGUUAUUCAAUGAUUCUAGAAUUUCUGAUAUUAAAGAAUCUUUAAAAUUGAUUCAUUCAUUUGAAAAUCCAAAUGAAAAUCCAAAUGAAAAUCAAAUUGAAAAUCAAAUUGAAAAUAAAAUUGAUGAAAUUUCUAAAAUUAUUUAUAAAGAAAUUAAAUUAAAAGAAGAAAAAGAAAAGGAAGAAAAGGAAGAAAAGGAAGAAAAGGAAGAAAAGGAAGAAAAAGUAGAAAAUGAUGAAAAAGAAGAAAAACAAGAUAAAGAAAAAGAAAUAGAAAAAGAAGAACAAAUAAUAAAAUUAUAUGAAAAAGAUCAUAUAGAUAAUAAUGAAAAAGAAAAAAAAUUAAAAUUUAAAGAAGAAACAUUGUAUAAAAAAGAAGAUUUAUUUAAUGUUAAUGAAAUUGAAAAUAAUGAAACAACAUUAGAAAAUUUUAAAGUUGGUGAUAAUAAUUUAUUUAUCUCUUUUGAAGAAAUUAAAAAAAAUGAAAAAGAAAAUGAAAAUAUUGGAGAAAAAGAAGAAAUUUAUGGGAAUGGGUUAGUUAGUAUUGAUAUUAAAGAAAUUGAAGAAUCUUCAAAUCAAAUUAUAAAUAAUAAUUAUAAUUUUAAAACUGAUAUUAAUAAUUAUCCAUAUAUUCCAUGGAGGGGAAUUAAAAUUUAUAUAUUUUCAAAAGAUAAACCAUUCCCAAAUAAGCCAUAUGAAAAUUGUGGAAUUGCAUUUGGUAGUGAUUGUGGUAAUGUUUCAAAAUUAAGCAUUUUACCAUCAUUUCAGAGUGUUUUAUUAUUGAAUGGAUUUGAUCAAAGUUUGAAACAAGGUGUAAUACCAAAUGGUGUAAAAUCCAUAUUAAUUCAUGAUAUUAAACAGCCAUUAUUUUCAUAUUCAUUUCCACCAUCUGUUGAAACUAUAAUAUUUGGGAAUGGUUUCAACCAAAUGAUAACACCAGGUGUGAUCCCAGAAAAAGGUAUUGCUACUCUUUUAUUUGGUGAUAUAAAACAACCAUUAUUUGCAAAAUCAAUACCCAAUGAUAUAUGUUGUAUUUCAUUUGGUAAUGGGUUCAAUCAUUAUUUAUCACCAGAUGUUAUUCCAAAUGGUAUAACUUUUUUAUUUUUACACGAAAUUAAGAAACCCUUACAAAAAGGUUCAAUUCCCUCAAAGACUAAAAGUGUAAUAUUUGGUAAUGGUUUCAUUCAUCCGUUAACACCUGGAAUCAUACCAGAGGGAGUAAGAGUCACUUAUUUCAAUGAUAUUAAAAAACCAUUAGUAAAAGGUUCAAUUCCAAAUACUGUUGAAAGUGUUAUCAUUGGUAGUGAUUUCAAUCAAACAUUAUCCAUUGGGAUCAUUCCUUCCAGUGUAAAAAAUAUAAGUUUUUUAGGUAUUAAAAAACCAUUAGAUCAUUUAUCAAUUCCUGAAUCUGUUGAAACUGUACAAAUAAUUCAUGGUUUAAAACAUUUGUUAGAGCCUUUAGUUAUAAAAGUUUUAUUUUACCAUCUCCUACCAAAGGUAUAUGGUCGAUGCAUAUAUUUCUAUCAAGUUUUUGAAAAAUUAAAUAACCUAUUAAAUGACCUAUUCUACCAUUACUGUCAGCAAAUGGGUGAAUGUAAAGAAACAUUGAAUAAAACUAUAAUGCAAAAACCACAGGAAGUAUUGUUGAAUUAUUUUGCUAAUUCUAUUAACUUUGAUAAUAGUGGUGAAACUUCUUGUAUAUAUGUACGUGUAAUAACCAGCAUGCUAUAA